AUGGCGGCGUGUGGACGUGUACUGAGGAUGUUCCGCUUGGCGGCGGCGCUGCCGCUGCUGCUGCUCGCGGCGGCCGGCGAGCAGAAAAUCCAGGGCCUGGGCGGCCACGGCCAGGGCCCGGGCCCGGGGGGCAACCUUCUUCCCCUCGGGGCGCAGCCGGGAGGCGGCGUGCUGCCGGGUCAGCUCCUGCUGCCUCAGUCAUCUCAGUUGCAGCAGCAGCAGCAGCAGCCGCCUCAGCAGCAGCAGCCGCCUCAGCAGCAGCAGCAGCCGCCGUUCCCCGCGGGCGGGUCUCCGGUCCGGCGGGGCGGAGCAGGGCCCGGCGGGGCUGGCGGGGGCUGGAAGCUGGCGGAGGAAGAGUCCUGCCGGGAGGACGUGAGCCGCGUGUGUCCCAAACACACCUGGAGCAACAACCUGGCGGUGCUGGAGUGCCUACAGGACGUGCGAGAGCCUGAAAAUGAAAUUUCUUCAGACUGCAAUCAUUUGUUAUGGAAUUAUAAGCUGAACCUAACUACAGAUCCAAAAUUUGAAUCUGUGGCCAGAGAAGUUUGCAAAUCUACAAUAUCAGAGAUCAAGGAGUGUGCCGAUGAGCCAGUUGGGAAAGGCUACUUGGUCUCCUGCUUGGUGGAUCACCGAGGCAACAUCACCGACUACCAGUGCCACCAGUACGUCACCAAGAUGACGGCCAUCAUUUUCAGUGACUACCGGCUCAUCUGCGGCUUCAUGGACGACUGUAAAAACGACAUCAACGUGCUGAAGUGUGGGAGCGUUCGGCUUGGAGAAAAGGACGCACAUUCACAGGGCGAGGUGGUAUCAUGCUUGGAGAAAGGCCUGGUGAAGGAAGCGGAAGAACGAGACCCUAAGAUCCAAGUCUCUGAACUCUGCAAGAAAGCCAUUCUCCGGGUGGCUGAGCUGUCCUCAGACGACUUUCACUUAGACCGGCAUUUGUAUUUUGCCUGCCGAGAUGAUCGGGAACGUUUUUGUGAAAAUACACAAGCUGGUGAAGGCAGAGUAUAUAAGUGCCUCUUUAACCAUAAAUUUGAAGAGUCCAUGAGUGAAAAAUGUCGAGAAGCACUAACAACCCGCCAGAAGCUGAUUGCCCAGGAUUAUAAAGUCAGUUAUUCACUGGCCAAAUCCUGUAAGAGUGACUUGAAGAAAUACCGGUGCAACGUGGAAAACCUUCCCCGGUCCCGGGAAGCCAGGCUCUCCUACCUUCUGAUGUGUCUGGAGUCAGCUGUGCAUAGAGGGCGACAGGUGAGCAGCGAGUGCCAGGGGGAGAUGUUAGAUUACCGCCGCAUGCUGAUGGAAGACUUCUCUCUGAGCCCCGAGAUCAUCCUGAGCUGUCGAGGGGAGAUUGAGCACCACUGCUCUGGAUUGCAUCGGAAAGGGCGAACCCUGCACUGUCUGAUGAAAGUGGUUCGGGGGGAGAAAGGGAACCUUGGAAUGAACUGCCAGCAAGCGCUUCAAACACUGAUUCAGGAGACUGACCCUGGUGCAGAUUACCGCAUUGAUAGAGCUUUGAAUGAAGCUUGUGAAUCUGUAAUACAGACAGCCUGCAAACACAUAAGAUCCGGAGACCCAAUGAUCCUCUCGUGCCUGAUGGAACAUUUAUACACAGAGAAAAUGGUGGAAGAUUGUGAACACCGUCUCUUAGAGCUGCAGUAUUUCAUCUCCCGAGACUGGAAGCUGGACCCUGUCCUGUACCGCAAAUGCCAGGGAGACGCGUCGCGUCUUUGCCACACCCACGGCUGGAAUGAGACCAGUGAGCUUAUGCCCCCUGGAGCUGUGUUCUCCUGCUUGUACCGCCACGCCUACCGCACUGAGGAGCAGGGCAGGAGGCUCUCACGGGAAUGCCGAGCUGAAGUCCAGAGGAUCCUUCACCAGCGUGCCAUGGAUGUUAAGUUGGAUCCCGCCCUCCAAGACAAGUGCUUGAUUGAUCUGGGAAAGUGGUGCAGUGAAAAAACAGAGGCUGGACAGGAGCUUGAAUGCCUCCAGGAUCAUCUCGAUGACUUAGCUGUGGAGUGCAGAGAUAUAGUCGGCAACCUCACUGAGUUAGAAUCCGAGGAUAUUCAAAUAGAAGCCUUGCUGAUGAGAGCCUGUGAGCCCAUCAUUCAGAACUUUUGCCACGAUGUGGCAGAUAACCAGAUAGACUCUGGGGACCUGAUGGAGUGUCUGAUUCAGAACAAACACCAGAAGGAUAUGAACGAGAAGUGCGCCGUCGGAGUCACCCACUUCCAGCUGGUGCAGAUGAAGGAUUUUCGGUUCUCUUACAAGUUUAAAAUGGCCUGCAAGGAGGACGUGUUGAAGCUUUGCCCCAACAUAAAGAAGAAGGUGGACGUGGUGAUCUGCCUGAGCACCACCGUGCGCAACGAUACUCUCCAGGAAGUCAAGGAACACAGGGUGUCCCUGAAGUGCCGCAAGCAGCUACGGGUGGAGGAGCUUGAGAUGACAGAGGACAUCCGCCUGGAACCAGAUCUGUAUGAAGCCUGCAAAGGUGACAUCAAGAACCACUGUUCCACUGUGCAGUAUGGAAAUGCACAGAUUAUUGAAUGUCUGAAAGAAAACAAGAAGCAGCUGAGCACUCGCUGCCACCAGAAAGUGUUUAAGCUGCAGGAGACGGAGAUGAUGGACCCAGAGCUGGACUAUACGCUCAUGAGAGUCUGCAAGCAGAUGAUAAAGAGAUUCUGUCCAGAAGCAGAUUCCAAAACUAUGUUGCAGUGCUUGAAGCAAAAUAAAAACAGUGAAUUGAUGGAUCCCAAAUGCAAACAGAUGAUUACCAAGCGCCAGAUCACCCAGAACACAGAUUACCGCUUAAACCCUGUGCUAAGGAAAGCCUGCAAAGCCGACAUCCCUAAAUUCUGUCAUGGAAUCCUGACGAAGGCCAAGGAUGAUUCAGAGUUAGAAGGUCAAGUCAUCUCUUGCCUCAAGCUGAGAUAUGCAGACCAGCGCCUCUCUUCAGACUGUGAAGACCAGAUCCGGAUUAUCAUCCAGGAGUCUGCUCUGGAUUACCGACUCGACCCCCAGCUCCAGCUGCACUGCUCGGACGAGAUUGCCAGUCUGUGUGCUGAAGAAGCAGCGGCCCAGGAGCAGACCGGCCAGGUGGAGGAGUGCCUCAAGGUCAACCUGCUCAAAAUCAAGACAGAGGGCUGUAAGAAGGAAGUGUUAAACAUGCUGAAGGAAAGCAAGGCAGACAUCUUCGUGGACCCGGUUCUUCAUACAGCUUGUGCCCUGGACAUUAAACACCACUGUGCGGCCAUCACCCCUGGCCGAGGGCGUCAAAUGUCCUGCCUUAUGGAGGCCCUGGAGGAUAAGCGGGUGAGGUUACAACCAGAGUGCAAAAAACGUCUCAAUGACCGGAUUGAAAUGUGGAGUUACGCAGCAAAGGUAGCCCCGGCGGAUGGCUUCUCUGACCUUGCUAUGCAAGUGAUGACCUCCCCGUCCAAGAACUACAUCCUGUCUGUGAUCAGCGGGAGCAUCUGCAUAUUGUUCCUGAUCGGCCUGAUGUGUGGCCGCAUCACCAAGCGCGUGACACGAGAGCUCAAGGACAGGUAGAGGUGCCUGGAGCCGCAGAGGAACUGCCCGUCUGGCGCCCCGUCUGUACAGCCCUCCUGUAUAGCGCACCCCCUCACCUCGCCCUCCUGCGCGGUGGCCCCAACACUCACGUUAGAGCAGCGUGCCCACCGCCUCGUCCGCCGCAGACUCCUCCCGCGCCCACGGUGUCCUCCUCCUCGACCACUCGUGCAGCAGCCGGCCGCUUUGGGGAUCGCCUCUGUCGGCAGACUCGGGCUUCCCUGUCCAGAGACAAGUCUCUCAUCCCGAUUGACCUACCAGUACUUCCGGAACCAACUCACCUGACCUGCAACUCAGCUGAAUUUUUUUUUUUUUUAAAAAAAAAAACACCAAAAAAGAAAUUUUUAAAGAAAGAAAAAAAAUGUAUAUAGUAACACAUCUCCUCCAGGCUUGAUUUGAGCGAUGGGGCUCUUUCUUCUGUGUGGCGGUGUACAAGGAAGGCAGGACGCUAGAGGGGAGACACACCACCCAGCACGCAGUAACCGGGAUGUCUGGCUGACCUCUCAGAAGCACCUUUGGCCCCAUCAGGGCCAUGGACUUCACCGAGUAGCGGGAAACAACUGACCAGCCCACUCUGGGUCUUGUUUUCUUCUGCUGAAACAGUGAUGCCUUCUGAUUCCUACCCGAGCAGAGCCACUGCGGGUCAGGACCCAUGGCCACGCGUCGCUCUGCCGUCUCCUCGCAUUGGUGGGCCCCCGAGGCUGAGGGCGGGUGGGUUGGAGCAGAGCCCAGGGGUGUGAGCGGCUCGUCUGUCCACUGCUCUGCAGCAGAGGCUGGGCCCUGGGGCCUGCCUUCCAGACCUGUGCAGGGCUCAUCAGCAUUUGGACUGACCCUGCUCGGGUGGCAGUGCGUCCCCAAGUCCUCUGCUGCCAGGGGAACCCGUGACCCGGGGCGAGGGGGUCAGGGCAAGAAGCAGGGUGGGGGCGGGAUUGGCUCACUUUGGUUCAUGUUUCAGGCAACAGUGCAGGCCAGAGACAGUGGCUUCUGAAGAUGUAGCCUGGUCUCAGAGAGGGAUGGCAGUCCCACCUGACCUUCGCACAGGCUCAGGGCCACCUUCCCAGACCAGCUCCUUCAUGCCUCUUCAUGCGGAGGGUGUGGAGCGUGAUUCCAGUAAAAGAUGGAGGCUUUUUCUCUGUUUCUCCUUCCUGUCCGUUGACUGCAUACCCCCACGGUAGUAGGCAUUGGCUAAAUGUUGUACUCGGAUGAUUCAUCAGUCUUUGCUGAGUCUGAGCUUUGUGGAAACAAUAUUCUUGAGCAUCCCUCGGCCCUCCAGUGUAGAGAUGACAGGCUUGGAGUAUCAAGAGGGAGGCACGCCGGCAUCACGGUUCCACCUGGGGUACCUGGGCUUGAGUUUGGGGCACGGAAUCCAGUGGCUGCACAAGAGGGCAGCGUGUACAGUAGGAGAUAUAUUUAUAUAAUAUAUAUUUUAUUAACCUGUUAGACGUCCACAAAGUAUUAUAAAUCACGUGCCUAAAACUGUCCAUAUAGACCAUGCACCCUGCCUGGCCCCGCCCCGCCUCGCCACUGCCCACAUGCGCUGUGGGCCCACCCCCCUCUGUCUUCCCCGGAUGUGUUCAGGACAAAUGGGUCAGCUGGUCCAGGUGACUCCUUGUCUCACCCUGACUGACAUAUAUUUGAAUACUGUGGUUUGCUUCUUUCUUUCUCCUUUUUGCUACCCUUCCUGGAGGCAGUGGGUUCCAGAUGCCAGCUGCAGAUGCCCCCUGCCUAGGCACCACCAGUCACCAAGGGCGGUUCCAAGCUGCCGGGCCCCCUCAGUCCUCUCUUAAGGUCUUCCUGAUUCUCAGCAGCUGUCCUGCAGGUCUUCUGUCUCAUCACACAUGAACCUCUUGGAGUUGGAGCACCACCCCUCCUUCCACCCGUGUUGCACUGAACAGAGCUACUCUGGAUGGUGCACCUCCUGGGUCUCUUCCCGUGCUCUGGGCGGGUGCUGAGAGCGAGGAGCGGGGUGGUCACAUGCACACAGGCCCCCACUGACGUGUGUGAUGUGCUUCAUAGGAUAGAAAAACUUCCCAUCUGAUGGGGGGGCUUCCAUUCUCCAUCUCUGCUGUCUCCCUCCCCACGUGUGUAAAACAUCGCCACAGCUUACUGCGUCUUGAUGCUUUUCUUCUUUCUGGACUGAGAGAUGAUCUCAGCUGUCUGCAGCGGAUUUUGAAGUGUGAAAAAGAGUUUGAUUCUUGAAACGUUUGUCACCUUGAGAAGUGAUCUGUCUGGAUAGAUAGAAGGGAUAACUACUGGUAUCUGAUCGCUUGUUGCCAGAAAGCAUUUCACCAUCCAACUUGGAGUCGUUUCCUAUGACUGAGCAGUUUCAUACAUCCAUCAGAAACCACGGCCCAGCUGCAUCCAUUCUGUACCUCAUUCAGUGUGACAGAAACAGGCUCUGAGCCACCUCUGGUCCCUGGCUUCAUAGGUCACUCUUGAGUAAAUCAGCUAGGCAAGAACUGGGCAAGAAGAAACCAUGGCCCUAGUCGGGGAGCUGACGGCCCUCAUGCUGUCUCAUCUCCUGAUGUCUAGCCCAUCCAGGAACAGUUACAUCAGCGGUGGGUACGGUUUUGGGUCAAGGCCAAGGGUCCAUGCCCUUGCCGCAGAUUACAGUAGCCAGGGCACUCAUCAGGCCUUGUCCACUCACUCGUGUUUCAGAGAUGCCGACUCACUAUCUUCACAGCAGUCCAGAGGGGCUGGGAGGUCACUUCUCUGGACUGGUGGCCCUGCAGCACAGGAAGUCAGAAAUCCGAGCAGAACGCCCAGGAUGAGGCCGACUGCUCCCCCUCACGGAGCUGCUCACUCAGAAGGUGGCUGUGGGGUGAGGUCUUGCCCUGCGUGCCCCUGGCCUUCCUCCACUAUUGCUGCUGUCCCAAGAGAAGUCUACUAGCAAGAUGCUCUGAGACAGGCUGGGUUCACUCCAGCAGGAAAGCCCCCCUCCGUAGCGUUCCCUUACACUCUGGUACCACCUACAGGCCCAGUUCUGUGACCCCAUCAGCUUGUUCUGAGCCAGUGCAUCCUUAAGAGGCAAGGGGAAUUCUAGGAUUGAGUCAGCAGGUGUUGACUGGUGUUCACUGCGGUCCUUGGCUGUCUCACAUCCUGCGCUCACUCUUCUCAGGGAUGCUUGAGAAGGAGGGAGACUGCUUUCCUAGAAGGUGUGACAGGAAAUUGCCAUCAGAUUUCAUCUCUUGCCAUUUCCUGAGGUCAGGUACCAAGAGGAACUCGUAGUGAAGAGUUGCAGCCUCCGUUUAAAUUUCAUCAGACAGGGUGCUGACUUUCCUCCCCCUUCCCAGGAGAAGAUUCACUCCUGUGUGCACCACCCCCAGGCUUGUGGGACCACUUCUGUCCCAAAGAUCCCCACUGGUGUGAGUUACCCAUGGAAGGAUUGGUUGCUUUGUGGGACCUCCUUUCUCAGCUGGUCGUAAGUUCCUCUGAGGAAAAAAACCUCUGCUUUUCCCAUUUCUUUCCCUCCCCCACCAAAAAGUAAGUUUUCUCCACAUAUCGCUUAUUCCAUGCAAGCACGUACAGGGAAGGAACCUGCAGUAGGGACCCUUAGAAGCCAUCCAACAUAGCCUGACUCAUUCAAACUAAGCUUGGGCCGUAGAAUAAAAAGAAUAGGGUUUUUUGAAUCAUGUGCAUUUUGGUGUGUUUACUUGUAUUUCCAAUUCUUAGGAAUUUGAAAAAUCUCAAAACUCCUUUUAUUUAUUCUCACCAUUUGGACAGCACCUAAGUAGUUUUAUAAAACGCAUAAUUCCAGUGCCCCGAGUUUCCCAUGGGUCUUUGGGGACACACCACUCCUGAAUCACCACUCCCCCACUGGUCUUCAGUUCACAGAGGAUCAGGGGCCGGAGCUGAUGUUCUGAUCAGUGGGUCUCUCUCUCUCAUCUUUGCUUGGUUAUCUCCAGCUAAACUCCCCUCGGUCCUCCUCUCCCCUAGGACCAGCGUCACAUGUCAGGCAGGGCAGUCGAGUUCAAGGCCCAAUCCCCCUUCAUGCCCAGACCUCAGACAAAAGAGAAGUCAUUAGCAAACCCAGUCUGACUCUUCAGAGUGAUGGGCCCGUCCACGUCAUCUAGUGAGAUCACCGAGGAGACCCAAGGGCUGUUGUUCGCUGGAGCAAAGAGGUGGGACUGUGCUCGGGCUGGUGGGGACAGGAUCCUGGCGGUGGUCUCCCCCGUCCUCCUGCCCGAGAUCCGCCACAGCGCACAGGUAGGGGUGUGGGCAGCCAUGCGGCUGAGGAGUCUCCCUGGGCAAGGAGGGAAUUCAGACAGUGCCUCUAUAUUCUGUUUUGCCUUCCCCCCAACACAGAGUUGACACCUGGACCCCAGAGCCCAGCAGGCCCUGUGCCACACACGCUUGGUGGUUUGAACAGGUUCCCUGGUCAGAGGGAGUGACUGACAGGAGGGCUGGCAGCCCGAGGCUUACUGAACGUCCUCUCCCCACGCAGUGUUUCCGGGUCAAUCCAGGCUGGAAGACAGACUGUCCAGCAAAUGCUGUGUGAGAUCUUAGGCCUUUAACUUUUUUUUUUUUUUAAGAAAGAAGGAAAAAAAGUAAAAUUAACAAGCCUCUUUUGUAAAUGGUUUUUCUUUCUAUGUAUAAAAUCCUGGCAGUUCCUUGUUUUUACAUGUUCAUGCUGUGUAAUUUUGAGAUGUUACCGAGAUUCUGAACAUAAUGUGCAUUUUUUUUCUGUACAGAUGAAAUGGGAGAAUUUAAUAAAGAGUUUGCAGGUUUUUACUUGUUAAA